AUGGGCUUCUUUAGAAGCUUGAAGGGCCUGUGCAUGCGGCCUUUUCAGAACCUUACUGUUCAGCAGCGUUUACUACAGUUCCUCAGAUUUGGUUCUCCCAUAUUGACGAUUGCAUUUGCUAUUGCUUAUUUGGCUUCGGGCCCAAACGUGCACUCUGCUCAUUUGGCACGUAUCAACUGUGCUCAUUUGGAUGUUGCUUUGGGUCUUUAUAAGUCUUUGAGAAGCUCCAUCUCGUCUACUGGUUCCGUCAACCAGGACAUUUUACCUGUCGAUAAUGAACUUACGGAUUCGGAAAUCCACAUUUUGACUGAUUAUACGGAGAAACAGGUUGCUGACGCUGCCCAGUAUAUCUUGCUUGGUGUGAAUGAGUUUUGUAUGAUUUCUUACCGGACGACUUACAGCAGCUCACAUAUGGUCGAAGAAGACGUUAAGACAGUGUGUAAGUCCUACAAGGGUUUUGGGAUAUUUGAUUACAGAGCUAUUAUGCUGGAAGCAGGGCUUGAUAUCAUUUUGGCGUAUGCCUACGAGUCGAAUUAUCAGAAGGACGAUGAGUACUCACGAAGAAUCGAUGCGCGUAAUAAACGUUUCCUGGUUCUUCAACCUGUGAUGAUCUUCCAAGUUCUAGUACAGCUGGUUAUCUUGGUCUAUGGGAUAGUAUUGUACAGCAACAGAAGAGGUGCAAAGGAUCUCUCCAAUAUACCUAGCAUCACGGUCAACGUGCUAGCGGUGUUGGCCGUUUCCGCGGGAAUCAUUAUGAUUGUGGCUGCUUCCAUCGCUACCAACGAGUUGAGGUCUGUGAAGAAAGAAAUUGCCAAAGGUAUGUGGAGUUAUGGUGUGAGAAUGGUUAUUGGUGAUGUGUUCCUUGCCCUUGUAUGGUGCACCUUCUCCUUUUCAGUGUUCACAAUGUUCGCUUGGGCUUUGCCGUUAUGGUGCUCGAAUCCACCAGACGAUGGAUACAAUUCGGACGACGAGAUCACUUACCACUAUCGUGAUACAGUGGACGAUAACGACAAGGAUUCAUUCGUGGUUCGUCCUUACCAAGUCUCAAGACAGCUUAAGCGUAACAAAACAAAAAAGUCUAUUUCACGACUCUUUGACGACGCUGCUGGCUUCGAAGAUGAACCGCAUGUUCACAGAUCGACUUCUGUUGAUAACACUGGAUACCGAGAUGAAGGUCCAUUUGCUUCUCCAGAAGACUAUGAGGUUAACGAGCUGCCAUUCCAGCCGGAGAUGGUCGAGCUGAGUAGCCACAUGCAUACCGAGACUGAGCUCCGCAGGUUGGGUGCUACAAUUACUCGUAAGUUCUCUGGCAGACGCAAAGGAGAAAAGAAAUCCAAAAGAGCUUCUAAACGGGACUGGCUCCCGGAGAGGUCUACCACGCACAAUUUGCUCUAUGGCGACAAUCACUUUUCUAAUCAUCAAUACCCACUGACGCUUCCAGGAGUCUCUGAAAGCGGCUCGCUUACUAGAGCACCAACGCUCGAUAAUUUGGGCUCUUUUAAUCGCUCCAGAAGUAAUACUGGAAACGGUCUUCAGUCGCAGCCUCAUCAGAACUUGUUGAUGCCAGAAGGGUCUAGUGGCGGACAUAAUCGUUCAACUGACAAUGUCUCUGUUCUUGAUGAACAAGAGAUGGAAUUAUUGAAUAACAAUCAGUUUAUUAAUAAGAUUGUUUAG